CGUAUUAUGUGCUAAGUUCCUAGGCUGCACAUAGCCCUGGUGCGGGGCUUGAGGGCUACAAAAGGAGGGGCGGCCGUUUACUCUAGUGCGUAAUGAUAGUACAUCCAAUAUACCUAAGGUACCUAUUCUUUCCUACGUUAAGUACCCGUCUUUCGAUAAGGUCGACACACAACACACAUGUAGGCAUCUAACUUAGUAACGGUAUAACCUACAACAGCGGAGUGUUAUGUUUAAGUACCUUAAAGGUACCUAUCUGUAGUACCUCUAGUUAUACACAGCCUUUGCCUGUACAGAUCAUAGCAGAUCGUCCCGUCUUGGGUUACCGUGGUAUCAACUUCUCACAAUCCCUCCGGGCUUGCCCUAAUCUCACUCACCGAUUCCGCGCCCACAGCCUUAGUAGCGAGUAAGCAACUAAACAAGAGAACAAAUGCCCUUCGACGACGAAGACCCAGCGCCGGUACCCCCGUCCGACCUGCCCGGGGCAGACGUAGAAGGGGAGGAUGAGGACGCCCUCGAGGAUGGAGACGGUACCCGGGACUUCCGGAUGUUCACGUCGCUGUUACAGCAGCCGGGCUCCCAAGGACGCUCACCAACGCCGGUGUCGGGCAGGACCCUGCGCCGCGGCGAGAAGGACUUCGAGGCUCACGGCACGCGCGCCCAGGAGGAGGCGCUUGAGGCCAGCCGGCAGGCGAUGCAUGACGUGCUGAGUUUCACACGCACCCACAAGCCGCGCGACUACACCCGCGCCUGGUACUUCCCCGACAAGUGGGCCGACGUACCGCCCGCUUCCGGAGACGGGGAAGGGGGGGGGGAGCGGGAGGGAGAAGGAGGGCAGCAGCGCUACGACAGGCCGGAUGACAGGGAGAAGGAGGCGGGCUUGUUCGCGAGAGAGCGCGUCGUCGCUGUCGAGGGCGAGAUCAAGGGCCCCCUAGGCCAGAACACGGGGCGCGUGGUUACGGGCGGCGCCGUCGAGAAGUACAGGCAGACGCCAGGCUGGCUUAAGACGUGGCUGCUGCCCGAGGAGGCACUGUACCUAGUCGAACGUGGGUCGUUGGGCUUGUGGUGGCCGGCGCGAGGCAUCGAGGACGUCUUUCCGGUGAAUAAAGACGGCAAGGAUGGGGACGACAAAGACAGCAGCACCGAUGGCAAACUCGAGGAUUACGAGCUGGGCAUACCGCUCAGCUUGCAGGCAGCGUAUGCGCUGCUCAUCGGCCCCGACGGGGAGAGGGGAAAGGUCAGUCUCGAGAAGUAUCAGGUUUACUCCAAUCUGCGACGGACCGGCUACAGGGUCAUGCGCGCAACGCCUCUCCCACUUCCGCAGCAACCUGAGAGACCGCCGCAGACAGUGUGGGAACGCUUAUUCUCCCUCAUCUCUGCUGGGCACUCUCAGCAAGCUCAGCGACGGGAUCCGCCGCCCUACGGGCCGCUCGUCAGGCCAGGUCUCUACCGCUCCUAUAAUCCCAUCUUUGAGCAGCUCUAUCUCGUCCAGCGGCAUAGGCCUACCCCGCGCUUUCAGCAAAUGUCUAGGCCGUCUUCACCUACCCUCACCCCCAAUUCUACCACCUCUCUGACGCCGACAGCCCCGGAACCAGAGGAGCCCUUCAAGAUUCACUACCACAUCUGGAAGAGCACUACGACCUUCUCCAAGACAAAGCCGGGGACACCCGACUUCUACAUCGCGGUGGUAAACGCGCGGACAUCUGACGUCCCGACGCUGGAGCAGCUGACCGCGCUGCUCGAGGGCUGUACACCAUGGGACCCGCCGCCACGUGACGGUAACGAGCGCCGGAACGGAGGAGGAGUGGGCCCUAUGUACCGCCGCUUAAAGCAAGGGUAUCGCAACGCGACCGUCGCCGUCGUGGACAACGGCCUCAUCAGUUACCUCAGGUUUGGGGAGGCGGCGUUCGGCGAAGAAAGGUUGUACGAGAGGUUUAGUGCCGGUGCGGGGGGUGGUGGGGGGAAGGGGAAGAAAGGUGGUAGGGGAACAAGGGGAGGGAGAGGUGGUGGUCGUGGUGGAAGAGGGAGAGGGAGAGGGGGUUAGGAGGCAAUCGAUGAGCUUUAACCGCCCAACACCCCCCAGAGAACGUAGGCGGUUGAAUCGUACACCUGCGACGCCUCGGAAUUCCCUACCACCUAUGGCCCUUAACAACGCGCCCCUUGGUUUUCCGAGCAGCACUCUGGGAAUACCUUUUCUACACGCUCUUGAAACCAUGCCAGAUCA